UAAAUAUUAAAUAUUAUUAUGGGACAACAAUAAACUUAAUAACAAAGACCAUUAAAUGUAUUAAUUAAGGAUGUGACUACAUUUAAUCUAUUAACCAAGUAUUCUAUGUUGUAAUUCAAGAUCCCCAACAAUUAGAUCUAGUUUGGGUAAAUAGUUACUUGCAGAGGUAAUUGAAAGGAAAGAAAAUUUAAUUGAUUCAUUAUCUUUUUUAAAAAAGUAGGACAUUCUUUGUAUUCGAAUAAUUUUAGACAAUCAAUAUUUUUAAAUUACUUAGGAGAGAUUCUACUAUAGCAAACAAUUAUUGGAAGAUUUAUCAUCAAUAUUAAUGUCUGAUCCAUCAAAAGAAGAUGGUAUUUGUCAAAUAUGUUUUGAAAAAAAGAUAGAUAAAUUAUUGCCUUGUGGACAUAGUUAUUGUUUAAAUUGUAUAGAUGGAUGGUUUAAACUCAAAGAAUAAAAUUCAUGUCCAAUGUGCAGAGCUCAAUUAACAAAAUAAAAAAUACAAAAUGAGUCAUUUGAUGUACCAAAUGAAGCUGAAUUGAUAGAUUCAUUGAAAGAACAGCUUUUUAUGUAAUUGUGCGACUAGAAAUGA